AUGGAGGCCUGCACGUUGACACCUGACCUAGCCGGCGACCAGAUUGUCCCGGGCGACAGCCGCUGGGGUGCUCGCCACGCCGCCGGCCUAUUCGACUCCUGGUUUCAGAUGCAGACAUCUGAGCUUGAGUCACUGCUUUGCAAGCAGGAGGGCGCCGCAUUGGCGCCCGCCCACAUGGACCUCUUCGACGGUGGCCCUUCUUCCCGCGACGAUGCUUUCCUCCGGCCAGCUCUAUGGGAGGACAUCGCCUCCUCGAUUAGGAAUAUUGACCCUGAAAACGCUAAUAUGCUUGCACCGCUCGGCGCCACUCAUGUUAAGCUCGAGGCGGAUGACCCUCUACUGGAGGAGUGCGCUACACCUCUCCUCAGUCCGCUGGAAAUCAAAACGGAAAGGCUAUGCGUACCCCCUACGUACGCACAUCCACCGCUGCCUCAACAUCAGCCUCAACAACCAGCCACUCCCUUCGCCAAGUAUCCGCCGUCACGCCUGGGAUACAUGUCCCCGUUGACGCCCCCUGGCUCCGACCAGGGUAGUCCAGGAAACUCUAUGCAGGGUGGGCCGCGACGGACGCCGCCACCACCGUAUCAUCCACCACCACCGCCGCCGCUGCUCCGAGCACAGCACGCGCCUCCGCAUCCACAGACGAUGUCACAACCGCUGCAGAUGCCUCAACAGCCUCAGCCGCCCCCGCCUCACGGCCCGAUGGCACACUCACGGCUCGCGCCCCCACCCCUUGUUAAAUAUAAUCGGAGGAACAAUCCCGAACUAGAGAAGAGAAGAGUGCACCAUUGUGACUUUAUCGGUUGUACGAAAGUUUACACGAAGAGUUCACAUCUAAAAGCUCAUCAGAGAAUACAUACAGGGGAAAAACCUUAUACCUGCCAGUGGCCAGAAUGCGAAUGGCGAUUCGCUAGAUCGGACGAGUUGACGCGCCAUUAUCGCAAGCACACUGGCGCCAAACCUUUCAAGUGUGCCGUGUGCGAGCGGUCGUUUGCGCGCUCCGAUCACCUCGCGUUGCACAUGAAGCGCCACCUACCCAAAACGUCUAAAUGA